AUGAACCUUGGCUUCCAGAGGAGUUCUUAUGAGCAUGCUGUCUACCUCCGCGGUGAACAGAGUCAACGCCUUGUCGUGGGGGUUUAUGUGGAUGAUCUUGUGAUCACUGGAGGGAACCAAGCUGACAUUGAUGUGUUCAAGGUAGAGAUGAACCAAGCUGACAUUGAUGUGUUCAAGGCAGAGAUGCAGGCAACAUUCAAGAUGAGUGACUUGGGUCUUCUCCACUACUAUCUUGGGCUUGAGGUGGCACAAACAGAGACAGGCAUAACUGUAAGUCAGAGUGCCUAUGCAGAUAAGAUACUGGAGAAUGCAGGCAUGACUAGGUGUAAUCCAAGUCAAGUCCCAAUGGAGCCACGACUGAAAUUGAGCAAGGUGAGCACUGCCAGUGCUGUUGACCCUACAGUCUAUAGAAGCAUUGUGGGCUCCUUGCGAUAUCUGGUGAACUCAAGGCCAGACCUGGCAUAUUCAGUCGGCUACAUCAGUCGGUUUAUGGAGGCACCGACAAUGGAGCAUAUGGCAGCCGUCAAGCGAGUGUUGAGGUAUGUUGCUGGUACCCUGCAUUUUGGCUGUCAUUAUACUCGGAAGAAGCAAGCACAACUCGUUGGCUAUAGCGAUAGUGAUCUGGCCGGUGACGUUGACACACGGAAGAGCACUACUGGAGUCUUCUUCUUCCUUGGCAACAAUCUCAUCACUUGGCAAUCUCAGAAACAGAGAAUUGUAGCUUUAUCCUCUUGCGAGGCUGAAUAUAUAGCUGCAGCUACUGGAGCAUGUCAAGCAACCUGGUUGGCGCGGCUUCUUGUAGAGCUCAAAGGCGAGAAGGCCAGCGCAACCACACUGAAGAUCGACAAUCAGUCUGCCAUUGCACUGAGCAAGAACCCGGUGUUCCACGACCGCAGCAAGCACAUAGAUGUCAGGUAUCACUACAUCAGAGAGUGCGUCAAGCAACCUGGUUGGCGCGGCUUCUUGUAG